UCCUCUUUUUUUGUUAACAUACCUAGGUUCCUGCCUGGAGGAUUUGGUGAUCCUCUGCUACUAGACACGGAAGCCUGUUAAGCGAAAGCUUCUUCUAUUCCGUCCACAACCAUUUGAACCAUUUGAACACCUGUGGGCGCGUUAUUUGGCUAUUGCGUUACUGUAACAAAAACUCGUGAUUAGCUUCUUCGUGCUUAUUGUAAUGUUUUCUAGUAUAUCUAGUGUUCUUUCGCUUCCGCUCACGUAUAUUUUACUUCAAAAACUGUUAACACUGCUCGAGAAAUAUAAUUAACCGGGGUUGUAAUAUGAUCAAAACUAUUUACUUGAUUCAUGUCUUUUUACUAGACCUCACAUUUCUUUGGAAUAAGUGAUGAUACUUCCAAGGUUCACACAUUAUUUUAGUCAAACCAUGUUUCCAGGCUUUUCGAAUACUCAGUCUGUAGGUUACAACGCCCGAGAUAUCGAUGUUUCGCUACCGAGAAACAUUUCUUGUUGAUAAGUUUUAGAUCUAGAAUGGAUUCCAAAUAAACAACUUUGUGUAUGAGCCACAAUAUACAAGGUAACUACAAAGGCUAAGCAACCACGCGCUCUCAUGAAAGACAACUUGUUCGUCAUAUAUGAGAUCUGAUUGUUGUAUUUUAUGAGCUCCAGCUAAGCUUGGCUUGUACGGUUCAGGUGGCUGACUUUGGUUCCUAAUUUUAGCUUUACCAAAUGCUCUUCUCAAUGCUACAAAUACUCUAUCACAUUAGGUUUUUGAUAAGACUUAAUAAAAAUCAGCGGGAUAUUCAAAUACAUCUCUGUUAUUGCUUUUAGGAUAUUGAUGUAAAUGGAAUUAAGACAGCACUUAUUACUAUAAAAUUUACUGCUAAAUAUCACAUACAGUAUUGAGGGGAAUAUAUUUCUAUUUUUGUCCGUGGACCAAACUUUCUUUCGACCCAUCUGACACUUAUUAGGUUGCAUUGUCUUCCGAACAUUAUAAAGUACUAUAAAUGGAACCAAUGAAUUUUUUCCCAGCACCUUUUUCACUAGGAACAAGUGAUAUGACGGUUACAGAUGUUUUACCAGCACAUGUCGAUGUAUGCCCCCAGAAUGUCGAAAAGUCCAUUGUGAGCUGUCAAAUCGGUAAUGUGCUUUACAGUAGCAAGUUAAAGUCUCCUUUGAGGGAUUCUAAUUAUGCUACUAUAAUUUACAACAAACGAACAAAAAGCGUUGAAGUUAUUCACAAAAAGCCGGAGUUCCUUGAGCCUUGCUUUGAUGAUGACGUAAUUGAGGUCCCAAAUUCAGUGAAAGCUGAUAGAGCCACUCUCAUCAAUGCUUUCGGUUCUGUCAAAAAACAACGUGCUUUACGUGAAAUGGAAAGAAAUCAAACUCAAAAGAAUUCGGUGACCAAUGCUCAGGUGAUCGAUCGAGCUAUGCAUGGUCAAACCAAAUUAAAAUAUGAUAACGAAGCCAAUUCGAAUAAUCCUGACAACGAAAUGGAUUGUUCUAACUCUCAAACCGAUGAACGUCUCCGCCUUCUUCCACCAAUAGUCUUGAAAGCUUCUUGUCCUGCGGAUGUUUAUCCUUAUGAAAAAUUAGUUCCUCCUAGAAUUUCGGAAGCCUUAAAUUCGGAGGUACAACGUAUUAUAUCUGUUGAUGUCAAUUCGAUUGAUACUCUAAUAAAUAAGAGUAUUUAUCCUCAGUGGAUAAGGAAUAAGCUGUAUAACUUGUGUACAACUAAGUCUGAAGGUUAUACAAAACUUGUUACCGGUUUGGUGUUUCUCAGUCACAUGUUUGCUUUGUUUCACUUGCCUAACCGAGACCUAAUGCGCAAGGUCCCACUUCCAGAUACACCAAAUACUGUUAACAAAUAUCUUCUUACUCAGUUUACAGCAUCAGUUAGUCGGAAUGGUAUGGGACGUCUAAAAGUACGCGCAAUGUCACCAAUGCUUCGUGAUAAAUUGAUUACGCACAUGUUAGUCCUGAUACUUCAUUGUGACAAUUUCAAGACGAUGGUUGAUAGUUUGACUGUAGACUUCAAAAUCGGACGUGAAAGGUUAACUCAGUUUUUCCAAUAUUUGGGAUGUAAAUGUUCAAAGGUUGAAAAUACUCAAAACAAAUCUGAAUUGAACAUAGUAGCUGAACUGGUGACACCCGUAAGAUUACCGGAUCUCAAGUCAAAUAGAGCACCACAUUGAUUUUAGCAAAACAAUUGGCGACUGUACAUAAAGUUGUUCUUUUGUU